CACAAAUACAAACAUGGUGGGUGUGUACAUGGUGGUCUUUGAUCCGUGAAAUGGACAAAUCCAAAAUCGACUAGACUAUGAUCGAGGGCAAGAGCUAUUUUCGCAUCCCAGCUCACGACAACAUCUUUGAGACUCUUAAUGUUGUGUUCCAUGAUGAUUGGUCUAAUGGAAUACAGAUGUAUCAUCUAAAGCUCAUGAGGAGUGGCAAUGUGAUUACAAGCACACUUUGGGGUAUUUUGGUGGACAAUUUACUCACCUAUAGGAAAACAUCAUCUGGACCUAUAAUUAUGAUACUACAGUGUUGCAAGGACAAAAAUACAAAGGGCAGUAGCUCUUUCAGACCAUUGGACUCAACUUUCCAAGGUGAUAUCGACAAUGACACCAUGCCAUUGGUCACCAUUGCCAGUCUCACCAGGAUGGAAGAGGACAAAAGGCAUUGGGUCUUGGCUCAUAUUGGAUCGAUUGAUAGUCACAGAGAAUGGUGCUACAUCUCAUGCAUAAGGUGAAGCAAGAUAGCCUCACAACCUCACAAGAUAGUGAUACAUUCCAGUGUAUGUCAUGUUGUUCUAAGGGUGUUGUUUUGAGAUAUAAGGGUAAUGUUAGGGUUGUUGAUGACACCACACAUGCUUCAUUCUUACUAUGGGAUAAAGACGUUUCAAACCUGAUUGGGAAGACUACUGCUACUUUAAAGGAACAAAUGACUAGGGUUAUAAAUUUUAUAUUUUAUUGCAUAUUCUUUUUCUUUUUUUUAAACAGGUCAGUUCACUAAAUAUUUUUCUUUGGAAGAAGCUAUUUGGACCUAACUGUUUCCCUACUGAGAUUAAUGGUCUAAUCAAUACAAACACAUUGUUUCAUGUGCAAUUUAAGAAGGAUAAUAGAAACUAUAAGGGCAGACCUACUUUCAGUGUGAUUGGUAUGUAUACUGAUCCUACGGUGCUAUCACUCUGUAACAAAAAAAAAGCAGCGUUGAGGUCAAAGCAACUAAUUAUAUAUAUGCUUGCUUAUUUAGGCUUAGGGUCUGCUAAUAACAUUAUGUUCUCUGUAUUGAGGAGGAUGAGUUCGCCAUGAUACGUAAAAAGGCUGGACUCUCUGAGAAGGCUUCCUCUGAAGAGGUUACAUACACAAGCCCAUCAUCUCUCACAAAGGAGAAGAGGUUGAACCUUCAAAUUGAUGGGGAGGAAUGUCUCAAGGUCCUUGCUCACAGAGUUCUCCUUAAGUGCAAGGUCAAAGAAACUUAAGAGAGUGAAGAUUGAGGAGGAGUAAUAGGAUGCUAAUAUGUUACUACUUCUAUCUACUAGGUGUUGUGUUUGUAAACCCAUAAGUUGGGUACUUUUGGAAAGAGUUGAUUCGGGUAGCUUUGUAGAUGACAACAACAA